GCAGAUAGCUUUGAGAAGAAAGAACACUCAUGGUUUGUGACUUCUCAAAUCCCAACAGACCUAUCAAUUCAGAUUCAGGACAUAACCUUCAACGUCCACAAGUAUCCCCUGGUAUCUAAAUGUGGCUACAUCGGCCGAUUGGAACAUCAGCCUUCCAUCUCAAAUUUUGGAUAUGACCUGAAGCUUGAAAAUUUCCCAGGUGGACCAGAAACAUUUGAGACAAUCCUAAAAUUCUGUUAUGGUCUCCCAUUGGACUUGAAUCCUAACAAUAUUGCUCCACUAAGAUGUGCAUCAGAAUAUCUAGAAAUGACAGAAGAAUUUGAAGAUGGAAAUCUCAUUUCAAAGACAGAGUCUUUUCUCACAUUUGUAGUGCUUGCUUCGUGGAAAGAUACCACCACUGUUCUUAAAUCUUGUGAAACUCUAUCUCCAUGGGCUGAAAACCUCCAAAUUGUCAGAAGAUGCUGUGACUCGAUUGCAUGGAAGGCUUUCAAAGAAAACACAGCUGCGGAUGCAGCAAAUGAGGAAGGCUGGUGGUUUGAUGAUGUGGCGACCCUUCGGAUUGAUCACUUUAUGAGGAUCAUAACAGCAACAAGAGCAAAGGGAGCAAAACCAGAGAUCAUAGGCAAGUGUAUCAUGCAUUAUGCAGAUAAGUGGUUGCCACUGAUGGAUGAGCAGUUGGAAGGACUACGGGGAUUUGGUUUUGGAAAGAAUGAGCUGCAGUUUAGUAUCUUGAGAGGAAGAGUAGAAGAAGGCACUAUUGGACAUAAGGAACAGAGAACAAUAAUAGAAAACUUAGUAAGCAUCCUUCCUCCUCAAGAUGGGGCUGUUUCAUGUAAGUUCUUGUUAAAGAUGUUGAAAACAGCAAUGGUGUAUUCUGCAUCACCAGCUUUGAUUUCAGACCUUGAGAAAAGAGUUGGAAUGAUGUUAGAAAAUGCUACUGUGAAUGAUCUUUUGAUUCCUAAUUACAAAAACGAAGAUCACGGAAGAUUGCUUAAUUCCCCUGAAAAUUGCACAAUGCACAACAUAGAUGUGGUCCAAAGGAUUUUGGAGUAUUUCUUGAUGCAUGAACAACAACAGCAACAGCAACAAAAGACUGGGAAAACUAAUGUUAGCAAGCUCUUGGACAAUUACUUAGCCGUGAUUGCAAGGGACCCAAAUCUCUCCAUCACUAAGUUUCAAGUUCUAGCUGAAGCAUUGCCAGGAAAUGCUCGAACAUGUGACGAUGGUCUCUAUAGAGCCAUUGAUACCUACCUCAAGACCCAUCCUUCACUAUCUGACCAUGAUCGAAGAAAGCUGUGCAAAAUAAUGAACAGCGAGAAGCUCUCACUUGAUGCAUGUACACAUGCUGCACAGAACGAUCGAUUGCCCAUUCAGAACUGUCAUCCAGGUAUUGUGCUUUUCUCGGAGCAAGUGAAAAUGAGGAUGGCAAUGCAAGGCAAGAAGCCAGAAGCACAAGGUAAUACUUCGGAGCAGGAGGAAAACCAAUCUUCCACAAACAUGGAGAUCAAGACCCUCAAGGAAGAACUUGAGAAUGUAAAAGCAAAGAUGGCAGAGCUUCAAAAUGACUAUUCUGAGCUUCAACAAGAGUAUGAAAAGCUCAGCAACAAGCACAAGAAUGAAUCUGGUUGGAGUUUGGGUUGGAAGAAGAUCAAGAAAUCUUUCUAUAUAAAACGAGAAGAAGAAGAAACUGGAGACGAACAGCAAAGAACAAACCACACUACUAGUAGAGUCAGCUUGAGAAGCAGACUAUCAAUGUCCUAAUUAUUUUAUACAUCAAACAUCCUUUUACAUAUGUUUUUAAUCCACCCAAGAAGCCUCAAAUUUCAUCAUGCAUAUGUCAAACCAAACUUUGACUGGUUUUGUAAAGAUCAAUGGCAAAGUCCACAAACAUUAAAGUUCUUUGCCUAUAUAUGUAGAAUUACUUAGCUUAGCUUCAUCAAGAUAUACAAUAAAGCUUGAUGCCCA